UAUCACUAUCAGUAUUGUUUAGUAGUGCCCUUUUUGUAUACUGCUUGGAAUAUGUCGGAGUUAGCAAAGCACUGUUGCCCUAAGAAAGUGGCUGUGGUGGUUGUUGCUGGCAUUGCAGUCUAUGGGGCUGCUAUGAAAGUAAGAGAAUGGGAACGAAAGAAACAACUUUUAAAAAAGGCAAGCGAAAAGAAAGAUCUUGAAAAUGCAAUCAUAAAACAGGAACUUGAACAAUCUGAAAAAUAUGAUGAAGAGGAAAGAAACAAGAUUCUUAAUAUGAAAGCAAAUGAAUUGAUUAGAGCAGCUCAACAAGGGGAAUUGGACCCUGUACAUAUUCUGCGUGCAUAUAUUCACAAGGCAUGUACCGUAACACAGAAGUUCAAUUCUGUAACGGGUAUUAACAGAGAUGCAGAAAAUAAUGCAAAACAGUUGAAGAAUGGCAACAACAACACACAUCGACCAUUGUAUGGUUUACCUUUUAGUAUUAAAGAAUGCUGUGAUAUAAAGGGCAUGGACACCACAAUUGGGUUGGUAAAUUUGAUUGGAAUACCAGCUAAAGAAGAUUGUGUUUUGGUUAAAGUUUUAAAGCAUUGUGGAGCAAUACCUUUUGCAAAAACCAACUUACCCCAACUUAUGUUCAGCUUUGAGAGCAGUAACCCAGUAUAUGGAGAGACAGGCAACCCACACAAUGUUGAUUUCACUCCCGGUGGUUCUUCCUCUGGUGAAGGGUCGUUAAUUGGAUCAGGUGGUUCACUUCUUGGGUUUGGAACAGAUACUGGUGGGAGUAUAAGAUGCCCAGCUCAUAUGUCAGGGGUUUGUGGCUUGAAGCCAACUCUUAACCGUUUGAGCAUUGUUGGCCUUGGAAAUAUCCUGCCAGGUUCAAAUUGUGUUACAACCUCAGUUGGUCCCUUGGCUACAGAUGUUGACACACUUGUGUUAGCAAUGAGGGCCAUAUUAUGUCCUUUGAUGUUUGAGCUUGAUAGAACAGUCCCUCCUAUCCCAUUUAAUGAUGAGGUGUAUUCUUCUAAGAAGCGGUUACGUAUUGGUUACUAUCUUGACGAUGGAUAUAUGGAGCCUGUACCUGCAGUUAAACGAGCAGUAGUUGAAGCCAAGGAAGCUUUGGAAAAAGCUGGCCAUGAGUUGAUACCAUUUCAUGUGCCUAGAAUAGCUGAUGCCAUGAAAAUACUUGUUUCAUUAUUUUUUGCUGAUGCUGGUGAAUUCAAUCAAAAACGACUUAAAAUUGAUUUCGUUGGAAAGCGAUUGGAAAACUUGUAUCAACAAUGGAGUUUAUCCGAUCUUAAAUGCAAACUCUUAAGCAUGUUUAAGUCACCAAGACUAAGACAAGACCUGCUGCUUCACAAAGGUGGAGAUAGAUCAACUACAAGGCUGUGGAGUUUGGCAAGAGAUGCUGCUGCGUUUGUUGAUCAUUACACAGCUUUGUGGCUUAAUCUAAAUUUGGAUGCCAUGAUCUGCCCUGCUUUUCCUGUUGUUGCUUGCCCAAAAGGAGGCAUCAGCAAUGUAUCAGCUAUGGCGAGCCAUACCGCUCUAUACAAUAUGUUGAACUAUCCUGCCGGUGUUGUACCCGUCACAAAAGUUAAUCAAAAAGACAUUGAAGAUCUGGAAAACUAUAAAGGUCACUACCAAGAUGAAUGGGACCAGCAUAUCAAAGAGGUGACGAAGGGAAGCAUAGGAAUGCCUGUUGGUGUGCAAUGUGUGGCUCCUACAUGGCAGGAUGAGUUGUGUUUGAGAGUAAUGCAUGAAGUGGAAGAACAAUUGAAGAAAUGAAAAUUUAAACAAGAGUGUCCUUUUAUGAAUUUGCUGAAGUUAAGCAUCAUAAUACGUAAAAUUUGUGCCUUUGCAUGCUGUAUGUAUUUAAUUAAUAGCAGUGUUGUUUUGAUCCAAUGUACAUGACUUUAUUCUAUACUGUGUUCUGCAUACUAAUUAAAAUUCUUUGCUGUGUCAAUAUGUCAUAUAGUACAAAAUUUCACACUGCAGUACUUAAUAUACUUUAAUGUGCAAUUUCUUAACAAAAUCUGCAAAAAGUAAUAAUUGUUAAAAAUUGCCUUAUUCUGUAUUGUAAAGUGCAAUUUAUACUUUUUCUUGUUGGUGGGUGUCGUAUAGUACUGUUUGUUUUUUUUUACAGAAAAUAGUGCCUUAAAUGCUUAAACUAAUUGUCAUGUAAAGUGCUGUGUGUUUAUUAAAAUGUUUAAAAAUAUGUUUAGCAUAGUGUUUUAUCAUGUUACAAAGUUCAUGUUUUAACACUUAUUAAUUUAUCUUCGUGGUUUUUGUGUUAGUUGUAAUAUCAAGAUGCAGUAGUACUUCAUAUACUUUAUGAUUCAAGCAAUUGAGAUAUAGCCAUUUUCAAGUAUUAAACAUAUUAUCGUACAGCAAGCAAUUACACUAUUACAACAAUGUACAUUUA